CUACACAGUUCCCAACCAGAACUCGCACUGAACAGCAUGUCGAGUCCCACUUUCGGGACUCAGGUCUUAAACGAUCCGUCCUCUUUGCCGGCUUGGCUGGACCAGCAGGAGCUGCAGAGUCUUCUCAAGCAGGAGAUGGCUGACUUCUGGUGCAACCUACAUUCAGUGUCCAGCUCCAAAUAGAGUGUGCGGGAAAAAGAAACGUUGCUUGAGCUACUUAGUGAAGUCCCCGCACAAGACUCCGGGUGGUAGAAAGUUUCCCAUUGAAGGGGACUUCACAAUGGAGCUGCAAAUGUACGAAGACAUUCUGCCCGCUUUAGAAGAACAAAACAGCGUCCUUUUCUUGGACUAUGCCCAGACAAGAGGCUACAGUGUGGCCAAUACACCCAACGGCCUGGAAAGACCCACCAUGGAGGCAGUAAUAUGGAAGCUAGCGGCUUAUCAUGCGGCCACAGCCCGCUAUAUACAGAUGAGCUCUGAUAAGAAAUGCUUAUCGGGUGGGGCAGGGGCGACCGAUGCGGCAGCGGCAGCCUUUGAAGUGGCCACUGAGAUUCUCCCGCUCGUUCUCUCAUCUCGCAGCGAUGACGACGACAUUGUCGAAUUGUUCAGGAAUCCUGUGUUUUCGGAACAGAUAAGAGAGCUUCUACCUUGGCUGGAGAAUCGUGGCUACUUCGGAGAGGAAUAGAACAUUAUUCUGAAUAAAAAAAGCUUUCAAUAAUUUCGCUUCGGGCCUUGGGAACCUAUACACAAGAGAGAUAGAGAAAGAGAGAGCGAGAAGUGGAGGCCUCACUGUGACAUUUAAAAAUAUUUGUGAAGAGAUAAGAGAAAA